GAAGUUUAGUUGUAAACUUUUAACAUUCGAAAAAACUAGUUUGUUUUUACAUCGCAAGCAGAAGUAAUACAGCUUAUAACAACAAUCAAGCCUCUGCAAGCACAUCAGUGCUGACGAUGGGCAACAAAGUAGUUACUUUCACCGAAUCACAGCUUGAAGAUUAUCAGGACUGUACUUUUUUCACCAGGAAGGAAAUACUUAGAGUAUACAAAAGGUAUAGAGCGAUUUGUCCUGAAGUGGUACCAAAAAAAAUGACAGGAGAUGAACCGGUAAAAAUCCGAGUACCACAGGAACGAAUAGAACAAUUGCCCGAGUUAAAGGAAAAUCCGUUUAAAGAACGCAUAUGCCAAGUGUUUUCAAAAGAAGGUAAUGGGUCUUUGAGCUUUGAAGAUUUUUUAGACUUGCUGUCAGUAUUCAGCGAACAAGCUCCGAGGCAGAUCAAAGUAUUCUACGCUUUUAAAAUUUAUGAUUUUGACGACGACCAUCAUAUUGGACCUGCAGAUUUAGAACAAGUAUUGAAGUUGUUGACACGUAAUCAAUUAUCAACCGAGGAAAUUGUUCAGGUGUGUGAAAAAGUGAUCGAAGAAGCUGAUGUAGAUGGUGAUGGAAAGUUAUCUUUCAUGGAAUUCGAACAUGUCAUACUCAGAGCACCAGAUUUCUUGGGUACUUUCCAUAUUAGAGUGUAGAAGAAUGUCAACACAUAUACACAAAAAAACUGUUAAACAUUUAUAAUAAUUUUGUUUAUUACUUUAUAUUAGUCUAAAAAUAGUAUUGUAUGUACAAGAAAAAUUAAUUGAGCUUUUUGACAUAUUACAUUGGUUCUAUAAUUACAUUUUGGGACAUGAGCUCAUUCUUAAUAAAAAUGUUAUUAAACAUAAAUGAAUAUUUCAUGUAGAAAAAUGUCAAGUUUAUAAAAUUGGUUAACCUAAAUUGUACCAAUGUUUUUGAGUCGGGACUUCAUAUUAUACAAUAUUUUGGCAUAAUUUUCUGGUCCCAUCAUUUGUGCUAAAAGGGUACUAAACAUUUAAGUACAAGUUGUUUUCCUCGAUUUAAGUACAUUAAAUACAUUAUAUAAAUAUUGUAACUGGAAACAGAAUUUAAGAAGAUCAAAUAAUUUUUUUAAUAACAAAAUAUUACAUAAAUUAAAACAUUGUUUACAAUGUAAUUUUAAUUAAAUACAUAAGUUAAUACUAAAAUGAUUUUUAGUCUAAGCAAACUAAAUAGUUUAUAAAAACAAUCAGUCAAAUAAGUAAAUUAGACAAAUUGUUGAAAA